AGAGCAAAGCUGAGGGCUCUGCAGAAAGGUUAUAACUAUUUUGGGCUCUUCAAAAUCAAAAGGAAGUGGGUUACAUUUCUAUGUCACGGUCAGCCAUCAGAAUCUGUGUACUGGGUGUGCGGAGUGAUUGCCACUACUCUGCUUUAUCCCACUGUUUAUUUGAUACCGUCCGUAUUUUUCUGAUAGCAUUGUCGUAAAACUUCAAGAAUGUCGUGAAAAGUAGAGCAGAAUGACAUAGCUUACAGAAAUCGUAAACAUAAAGAAACAUUCGUCUGCCGUGACCUUGAAUCGUUGACCUGUUGAUGGGAAAAGGUUAUGUCAGUAAUCGUGCUUACAAUUAGUGGCUGUUAUAUACGCAUGUGAUCAACGAAAGUCUUCAGAUAGAUGUAACGAAUCUUACGAAAGCAGCAUCUAUAUCCACCAAUGUUUUGCUUGACCCUAUCAGUCUUUAUCGCGUCUUCGCCGCUUAUAUUUUGAACGUGCUCAGCCGUGGGACAAGUCAGAAGAUUUGUGUUUACUGGACUUCUCAAUUUGGAAGCUGCUGUACUUCAAACCCUGUGAGUAGCAGAAAUCAUGUCUGGCUUUUGGGCAUCGUGGAACUAUAGUCGACACGGGAGAUGCCUCCGCUUCUCUUUCCUUGUGAUUUCUGUGCUGCUGGUUCUACAGUGUGAGGGGGUUGGCAAAGAACACUUUCACUCCUUCCAGAAGACAUACAACACAACUACCUCAUUUACCGUCACACCGUCACAGAAUGGAUGCCCCCUCAAAACAACGGUUUAUUACCCAGUGGCCGGUGGCAGUUUUUCCCCCAUCUAUUUCAUUGGAGGAUUUGGCGGCGUGCAGCCAGCUGAAACGUACUCCGAGCUCUUGUCCAAGAUAGCAAGUAACGGUUAUGUUGUCAUGGGUAUAGACCGGUUCUCGCUAUCGGGUGACUUAGAAAACGAACUGUGGACGCGUCCAUCGGAACGUACAUUACAAGUGGACAAAUCCUCAGAGCGUUUUGCUUGCCAGAUACAGUGGCUGCGAAAAAAUAUCGACACCGUACCAGAGCUACACGGGACCCUCCACUCCCCUAACUGGAACAAGACCACACUGAUGUGCCACUCGAAGGGCUGUGACGUCAUUCUAAAAAUCCUGGAGAACAAUAUCGCACAGGUGGCAGACAUGGCGAAGGCUGCCAUCUAUCUGGACCCGUUCAGUAUCCAUUCAAGGAAAGCUCCAAAGGUCAAAGUUCGCAUCCCGUCAUUCUCCUACCUAUCAGCUCUCUCGGAGAAGUUUCCUACCUGUUGUAUCAAAGGAUUUGGAUACAGGCGUUUCUACGAUCUAAUGCCGUGUGUUAAAGUCAAGAUGGAUGUUCAAGGUUUUGGCCACUGUGAUUUACUGGAUUACAAAUACUGGGAACUGUGUCACAAGAUCGGGUUCUGUGUCACAACAAACGAUACUCGGCUGGAGGAAUACAAAAAUUUCUUGCAAAAGGAGGUUACGUCGUUUCUGAGCUGGACUCUCGACGGAGUCACAGAGGUCAAGAAAUACUUGACGGAUCCCAAAUACAUCCCCUUUCCGCUGCUGGAUCUAGCUUACAAUGAGACCAAGUGUGAAUAAGAUAAAGAGAGAGAAAGAGAUUGGGAAUGGGAGAUGAGAUUUGAGAUUUUUUACUUUCUCUUUUUAUUUUUUUUAUUUUUUGCGCUGGGUGUAGAUGGUGCGUACAUGUGUGCACACAUUUCUAUAUGUGUGUGUUUGUGUGCGUGUGUGUGUAUGAGUGUGUGUGUAUGUGUGUGUAUGUGAGUGUGUGUAUGUG